AUGCACAACCUUUUUCUGGGGCUUGUUCAGUAUCACAUUCACACCAUUAUAGGCAUGGACAUGCUGAAUGAUGACGACUAUCGUGAUGAAUUUGAUGCUGCAGAGGACCCGGACAAGCUGAAGAAUGAUGUACAAAAGCAAGCGGACAAAAUCAGAAAGCUUUUGCAAUCCGAUCCCACAGCGAAGCAACUUGGCCGUUACACAAGGCAUGCUCUACGAGUAGUGUGCCGUGAGAUGGGUGUUGAAUCGAAGUCAUGGAGAUCUACAAGGAAACUGAAGAAGAAGUGGUUGAUUGACACGUUGCUGCAGAGCUUACGCACUUUGGAAUUCGCACAUUCGCCGACAUCCGAUUCAAGAUCUCUGUUACCUGGCGAAACAAUUAUUGGAGAUGAGCUCAUCAACGAAUGCGCACAUCCUAAUAUAAAUCACACAUCGACUCACGAUGAUCAACCGGCUAUCGUCUUCUCUCUCAAAGAUCUGGAUCAUCUGCGCGAUGAUAUCACUCAAACGACUCGCCCAACCUAUUCGAGUGGUCCACCACGCAACAUGGGCACAAAAGCACGCGGAAAGCUCAAAGCUGACCAUUGGAAAGCUUUGAUCGAAUUUGAGCUUCCUGUCUCCAUGAUGAAGAGAUGGAAUUCCUCCCCGGCUCUUCGGUGCGCCACAUCCUACACUACCUCUGUGGAGCAUCGCGACAAGUACACGGGACACAUGCACGCCUACUUAUCACGUUUACUACGGCUGCGUCCUGGAAUAACACUGAGAAGAAACCAUCACAACGCGAUGCACUUAGGAGAUUUCUUAUUACGGUUUGGGCCGGUACAAGGCUGGUGGAUGUUCCCAUUUGAGAGGAUUAUAGGGAUUUUGCAGCAAACGACAAUGAAUGGCAAACUUGGGCAAAUGGAAAGGACCAUGUUGGAGUCAUUCUGCGCAGCGGCCAAUAUCAAAGUGUUCCUGAAGCGUGCCGAAUGCCCGACUGUCCUCCAGAGAUGUGUGUCCGUCGUUGAGAGUUGUUACCAGCAUGACAGCCAUGGAACGUUGAUGACAGACAUA